UUAUUCACAACACAUCUUCAUUUCUUAGAUUUUCUUAUUAUUCAUUAUACAUUGUGAGUCUAUUUCUAUGGAUCAAAUUGAUUUGAGUUCAGUGCUUUCUGCGUCGUCCAAUGAAGUUUAUAAGGCUCAACCCAUUAAUUUUUAUACGCCUUUUAUUAAACAAAUUGAAGAAGCCAUCGUCGCACAAAUGGACAUAUAUGUUAAGGAGUUAAAAGCCUUGGAUGAGCCUAAAGAUCUAGAGCAUGCUUUGGCCAUGAUUGUAUUCAAGGAGGAUGGUUUUAAAAAAGUGGAGAAGAGAGGGAUAAAGGUUAGAACCAAGGUGAUUGGACCAAUUCCAGUUUCAUUCGAACUUCCUCAUUUUUGUUUUGACGAAUAUAUUGACUUUGAAAGGGUGCUUCAAACCCCUCUUAGAAAUAAAGUACGUGCAACUCCAGUUGAAGCUAGAAGAUUUUCUGUCUUCGAAAGAACAAAGAAUUGGACAAUGGAAUUGAGAAAAAGGAUUAAUCGACCCCAACGAGAUGUUUUUUGUAUACACUUGCCUACAAACCAUACAUUCCGUUCGAGGGUUGAAGUGACUAAUUAUAUACUUUACGAAGCUCUUCCUACAAAACCUACAAGGAGCAACAAUAUAGGCACUAAAAGAAAUCAAGAAACACUUGAUAUUGAAUCCAAUGAGCUAGAUUCGACAUCAAAUAAAUCGAACAAGAAGAGAAAAAUUAGUUCUGAUGUCUCUCAACCUCAAGUGACGGAAAAGGAGAACAAGAUCAUCGAAAUUGGGAAGAAUGAGGUGAUGGAUUCAUUAGCAUUGGCUAAUUGCGAAGAAAAUGUGGAGAUUGGUCAUGUUUAAAAGAUAUAUAGAUUUGUCCAAUAAUAUGAUGAGUAGUUCAAACUCAAAGGCCAUGACCUCUCAAAUUAGGUAUAUGUAAAGAUGUUUUAGAAAUUAAUAUGGCAAAGGAGACAUUAUGAUUUGAGCGAGAGACCUUAGUUUAAUGGUAAAAAAAGUAGUCUUGUAAUACUAAGAGACAUAAUUCGAAUCAUGUACUCCUUAAAUUGUUAUUAAUUAAUGUCAUUAAUUAAUAUAGCUAA